AGUCUUAACGGACCUAACCUAGAUGCCGGUUCUCGUGUCGCGAUUUCAUCGUAAAUACUUUUCUUUUAAUAAAUACGUUGUUUGGAAUAUUGGAAGUAGUUUCAAAAAGUUUCCAACAUCAGUCAUUUGUGUCAACAAGACGCGUGUGCAGAAUCAGUGUUCUUUCAAAAACAUCUCUUUCCAAACCAGUUUUCCUUUAGGGUUGUCACUUGGUAGUUCAUUUUACCGCUUUAUCAGAACCCCCAAUCCAUUAUUCAGAACCUUUUCAAUGGAAGGUGACAAAGAUCCAUCAAAUGUUGAUUCCAGUUCUCAAAGUGUCUCAAAGUCUAAUGAAAAUGAAUCAAUUUCCGACUCUAACCCCUCUGAAAAAAAUCCCGACUCCGAAAUUUCCAAUGUAAAAUGUGAGGAUACACUUAGAUUAGAAAAAAACAAGUAUGAUGAUGUUGGAAAAGCGGCUAAAGUGCUCCAGAAUAAUUGGAAGGAAAUCGAAGAAGCCGUUUCCCUUAAGAAGACUACGGAUAGAGUAAGAAAGAAGAAAAGUAAAAAGAAGGUAUUUGUCGAUAGUGAUUGUGAGGAGUACUCAGAUGAUGAGAAUUCGCGGUUGAGAGUCAAAUUGCCGAAUAGGAAUUACAUAGGUCUUGAACAAGUGUCGAAUAAUUGUCGCGCGGUGAUUAUACAGUGCUGUUCGUCAUUUGAAACGUCCAAUGUUGUGCUCAAGAAAACAAAUUCGGAUACCGAAGACGUUCCUGACGAGAUAGAAAUCAAGGAAAUCAAAAAUGAUAAGGUAAAUAAUCCCUGCCUUCAUGCCAUCAUCCUACAUAAUAAGGUAAUCAACACGUAUUUCAUCAACAUUUAUAUCCUAUUAUAUUAAGCGAGC